UUUGACUAUGUCGCUCAGCUCUCUUUCGCCAUGGAGUUCCCAAAGAUUAACGUCUCUUCGAAGGAAGACAUUCAGUACAUCAGUCAGAUCUGGCGUAAGACGCUCUACGGUAGACUGGCCGAGGAACACAUCCGUAAUGGCGAUUCAGAACUCAUAGACCAAGUGCAGCAGCUCCUGGAUCAGUGGAUUGAAGACAUCAUGAAGAUGGCAAGCUCGAAUAUUGAUAUUAAUGGAAUUCCAUACGAACAAGCAAUUGCAGACGAAGAAUUUGAACCUUUGGACGAGGCACUGGCACGAAAGGUGCAAGCCCAGCAACUGCAGGUGGAAGAACUGACCCUCAAGGUUGCGGAGCGAAGAAAGCGCGUACCAGAGCAGGUCAAGAUGUUACUAGACGAUGCUAUCAAACGACAAUCCGCCCUAGCAGACAGGGUUGAAUUCGAAUCGCAAUCUGAGAACAAUGCAGAGGCGGAAAUUGAGGAUGUUUCCCUUGAACGAUCGGAUCUUAUUGCUCAGGAAUAUGCCUCGAGCAUAGCAUUGCUGAGCGACCUUAGAAAGAAUGUCUCCUCCAACAUCACUCGACUGGAAAACGCUCAGGCGAUCGUGGAUGAUAUCCUGCCUUGAGUCCAGUUAUUACCCUGCUAUCCCGCCCCUGCUUGUAAAACACCACAUUUGCAACACUGUACCAUAUUCUCUUGUCUCAGUAAAAAAACAU